CGACGAGGGGCGCACGCGGUCUACUCUAGGACGGCGCUGUUGUUAAAUGGGCAAGUCUAAUUGUCCACGCUCAACUCACGUUGGCUGUUCAUCACCACGGCCCCUUAUGGCAAGCUUCGGGGCCACUUCAUGGAGUUGUGGAGUUCUUCCAUUACUAUUGAGAUACCAGUGGAAACAUGGUGUGGAAUUUUUUACAUAUAAUAACCGUUCUGGCAGCUGUACUGAGUGUCCACGGACAGACAACCCCAACACCAUUGCCAACACAGCUGCCAGUGACACUACAGACAACACCGUUGACUAUUGUGUGUGUAGGAAGUGAAUUCCAAUGUGCUGAUAAUAAGGACUGCAUCCCUGGACGUCUUUACUGUGAUGGGGAGCCCGACUGUACAGACCAGAGCGAUGAGACUGCAAACUGCCAAUGCCGCUCAGACCAAAUCCGUUGUAGCAAUGGAACCUGCCUUGGGAUAGUGUUCGUGUGUGAUGGAGUCAACGACUGUGGAGACUAUUCAGACGAAAACAACUGCACUUGCACACCGAAUCAGUACAAAUGCAAUAACAGCAACACCGAAUGUUUGGACCCGCUCUACGUCUGCGAUGGAGAAACUGACUGUAGCGAUGGAUCUGAUGAAAGUGACUGUGAGAAAGAGUGUUCCAGCAGUGAGUUCCGCUGUGCCGAUAAGAAGCAUUGCAUCCCUGGACGUCUUUACUGUGAUGGGGAGCCCGACUGUGCAGACCAGAGCGAUGAGACUCCAAACUGCCAAUGCCGCUCAGACCAAAUGCGUUGUGAUAAUGGAACCUGCCUUGGAAUAGCGUUCGUGUGUGAUGGAGUCAACGACUGUGGAGACUAUUCAGAUGAAAGCAACUGCACUUGCACUCAAAGCAAAUACAAAUGCAAUAACAGCAACAUCGAAUGUCUGGACUGGCUCUACGUUUGUGAUGGAGAAACUGACUGCAGCGAUGGAUCUGAUGAAAGUGACUGUGAAAGAGAAUGUUCAGAAAGUGAGUUCCGAUGUGCCGAUAAGAAGCACUGCAUCCCUGGACGUCUUUACUGUGAUGGGGAGCCCGACUGUGCAGACCAGAGUGAUGAGACUCCAAACUGCCAAUGCCGCUCAGACCAAAUCCGUUGUGGCAAUGGAACCUGCCUUGGAAUAGUGUUUGUGUGUGAUGGAGUCAACGACUGUGGAGACUAUUCAGACGAAGACAACUGCACUUGCACACCGAAUCAGUACAAAUGCAAUGACAGCAACACCGAAUGUUUGGACCCGCUCUACGUCUGCGAUGGAGAAACUGACUGUAGCGAUGGAUCUGAUGAAAGUGACUGUGAGAAAGAGUGUUCCAGCAGUGAGUUCCGCUGUGCCGAUAAGAAGCAUUGCAUCCCUGGACGUCUUUACUGUGAUGGGGAGCCCGACUGUGCAGACCAGAGCGAUGAGACUCCAAACUGCCAAUGCCGCUCAGACCAAAUGCGUUGUGAUAAUGGAACCUGCCUUGGAAUAGCGUUCGUGUGUGAUGGAGUCAACGACUGUGGAGACUAUUCAGAUGAAAGCAACUGCACUUGCACUCAAAGCAAAUACAAAUGCAAUAACAGCAACAUCGAAUGUCUGGACUGGCUCUACGUUUGUGAUGGAGAAACUGACUGCAGCGAUGGAUCUGAUGAAAGUGACUGUGAAAGAGAAUGUUCAGAAAGUGAGUUCCGAUGUGCCGAUAAGAAGCACUGCAUCCCUGGACGUCUUUACUGUGAUGGGGAGCCCGACUGUGCAGACCAGAGUGAUGAGACUCCAAACUGCCAAUGCCGCUCAGACCAAAUCCGUUGUGGCAAUGGAACCUGCCUUGGAAUAGUGUUUGUGUGUGAUGGAGUCAACGACUGUGGAGACUAUUCAGACGAAGACAACUGCACUUGCACACCGAAUCAGUACAAAUGCAAUGACAGCAACACCGAAUGUUUGGACCCGCUCUACGUCUGCGAUGGAGAAACUGACUGUAGCGAUGGAUCUGAUGAAAGUGACUGUGAGAAAGAGUGUUCCAGCAGUGAGUUCCGCUGUGCCGAUAAAAAGCAUUGCAUCCCUGGACGUCUUUACUGUGAUGGGGAGCCCGACUGUGCAGACCAGAGUGAUGAGACUCCAAACUGCCAAUGCCGCUCAGACCAAAUCCGUUGUGGCAAUGGAACCUGCCUUGGAAUAGUGUUCGUGUGUGAUGGAGUCAACGACUGUGGAGACUAUUCAGAUGAAAGCAACUGCACGUGCACUCCAAGCAAGUACAAAUGCAAUAACAGCAACACCGAAUGUUUGGACCGACUCUAUGUCUGUGAUGGAGAAACUGACUGUAGCGAUGGAUCUGAUGAAAGUGACUGUGAGAAAGAGUGUUCCAGCAGUGAGUUCCGCUGUGCUGAUAAGAAGCAUUGCAUCCCUGGACGUCUUUACUGUGAUGGGGAGUCCGACUGUGCAGACCAGAGCGAUGAGACUCCAAACUGCCAAUGCCGCUCAGACCAAAUGCGUUGUAAUAAUGGAAGCUGCCUUGGAAUAGCGUUCGUGUGUGAUGGAAUCAACGACUGUGGAGACUAUUCAGAUGAAAGCAACUGCACUUGCACUCCAAGAAAGUACAAAUGCAAUAACAGCAACACCGAAUGUUUGGACUGGCUCUACGUUUGUGAUGGAGAAACUGACUGCAGCGAUGGAUCUGAUGAAAGUGACUGUGAAAGAGAAUGUUCAGAAAGUGAGUUCCGCUGUGCCGAUAAGAAGCACUGCAUCCCUGGACGUCUUUACUGUGAUGGGGAGCCCGACUGUGCAGACCAGAGUGAUGAGACGCCAAACUGCCAAUGCCGCUCAGACCAAAUUCUUUGUGGAAAUGGAAGCUGCCUUGGAAUAGUGUUCGUGUGUGAUGGAGUCAACGACUGUGGAGACUAUUCAGAUGAAAGCAACUGCACUUGCACUCCAAGCAAGUACAAAUGCAAUAACAGCAACACCGAAUGUUUGGACCGACUCUAUGUCUGUGAUGGAGAAACUGACUGUAGUGAUGGAUCUGAUGAAAGUGACUGUGAGAAAGAGUGUUCCAGCAGUGAGUUCCGCUGUGCCAAUAAGAAGCAUUGCAUCCCUGGACGUCUUUACUGUGAUGGGGAGCCGGACUGUGCAGACCAGAGCGAUGAGACUCCAAACUGCCAAUGCCGCUCAGACCAAAUCCGUUGUGGCAAUGGAAGCUGUCUUGGAAUACCAUUCGUGUGUGAUGGAGUCAACGACUGUGGAGACUAUUCAGAUGAAAGCAACUGCACUUGUACUCCAAGCAAGUACAAAUGCAAUAACAGCAACACCGAAUGUUUGGAUUGGCUCUACGUUUGUGAUGGAGAAACUGACUGUAGUGAUGGAUCUGAUGAAAGUGACUGUGAGAAAGAGUGUUCCAGCAGUGAGUUCCGCUGUACCGAUAAGAAGAAUUGCAUCCCUGGACGUCUUUACUGUGAUGGGGAGCCCGACUGUGCAGACCAGAGCGAUGAGACUCCAAACUGCCAAUGCCGCUCAGACCAAAUGCGUUGCGGUAAUGCGAGCUGCCUUGGAAUAGUGUUCGUGUGUGAUGGAGUCAACGACUGUGGAGACUAUUCAGAUGAAAGCAACUGCACUUGCACUCCAAGCAAGUACAAAUGCAAUAACUGCAACACCGAAUGUUUGGAUUGGCUCUACGUUUGUGAUGGAGAAACUGACUGUAGUGAUGGAUCUGAUGAAAGUGACUGUGAGAAAGAGUGUUCCAGCAGUGAGUUCCGCUGUGCCGAUAAGAAGCAUUGCAUCCCUGGACGUCUUUACUGUGAUGGGGAGCCGGACUGUGCAGACCAGAGCGAUGAGACUCCAAACUGCCAAUGCCGCUCAGACCAAAUCCGUUGUGGCAAUGGAAGCUGUCUUGGAAUAGCAUUCGUGUGUGAUGGAGUCAACGACUGUGGAGACUAUUCAGAUGAAAGCAACUGCACUUGCACUCCAAGCAAGUACAAAUGCAAUAACAGCAACACCGAAUGUCUGGAUUGGCUCUACGUUUGUGAUGGAGAAACUGACUGUAGUGAUGGAUCUGAUGAAAGUGACUGUGAGAAAGAGUGUUCCAGCAGUGAGUUCCGCUGUACCGAUAAGAAGAAUUGCAUCCCUGGACGUCUUUACUGUGAUGGGGAGCCCGACUGUGCAGACCAGAGCGAUGAGACUCCAAACUGCCAAUGCCGCUCAGACCAAAUGCGUUGUGAUAAUGGAAGCUGCCUUGGAAUAGUGUUCGUGUGUGAUGGAGUCAACGACUGUGGAGACUAUUCAGAUGAAAGCAAGUGCACUUGCACUCCAAGCAAGUACAAAUGCAAUAGCAGCAACACCGAAUGUUUGGACUGGAUCUACGUUUGUGAUGGAGAAACUGACUGUAGUGAUGGAUCUGAUGAAAGUGACUGUGAAAGAGAAUGUUCAGAAAGUGAGUUCCGCUGUGCCGAUAAGAAGCACUGUAUCCCUGGACGUCUUUACUGUGAUGGAGAGGCCGACUGUACAGACCAGAGCGAUGAGACUUCAAACUGCCAAUGCCGCUCAGACCAAAUCCGUUGUGGCAAUGGAACCUGCCUUGCAAUAGCGUUCGUGUGUGAUGGAGUCAACGACUGUGGAGACUAUUCAGAUGAAAGCAACUGCACUUGCACUCCAAGCAAGUACAAAUGCAAUAACAGCAACAUCGAAUGUUUGGACUGGCCCUACGUUUGUGAUGGAGAAUCUGACUGUAGCGAUGGCUCGGAUGAAAGUGACUGUGAGAAAGAGUGUUCCAGUAGUGAGUUCCGCUGUGCUAACAAGAAGCAAUGCAUCCCUGGACGUCUUUACUGUGAUGGGGAGGCCGACUGUCCAGACCAGAGCGAUGAAACUCCCAGCUGCCAUUGCCUCCCAGAGCUGCAACUUCCUUGUGGCAAUGGGACCUGCCUGGCAAAGGAGAGCUUCUGUGAUGGAGUCAACGACUGUGGGGACUACUCAGAUGAGACCAACUGCACUUGCUCUCCAAGUCAGUUCACAUGCAGUAGCAGCAGGCAAUGCCUUGACUCGAUGUUUGUUUCUGAUGGAGACACAGACUGCAGCGAUGGAUCGGAUGAAGAUGAAUUCGGAUGUUCAAUCAGUGAGUUCCGCUGUGCUAACAAGAAGCAGUGCAUACCUGGAUGGUUUUACUGCAAUGGGGAGCCAGAUUGCAUGGACCAGAGCGAUGAGACUCUGGACUGUCAAUGCCGCUCAGACCAAAUUCGUUGUGGCAAUGGAACCUGCCUUGGAAUAGUGUUCGUGUGUGAUGGAGUCAACGAUUGUGGAGACUACUCAGAUGAGGACAACUGCACUUGUUCUCCAAGCCAAUUCACAUGCAAGAGCGGCAGACUGUGCGUGGACUCGAUGUUUGUUUGUGAUGGAGAAACGGACUGCAGUGAUGGAUCAGAUGAAAUUGGCUGUGAUAAAGAUUGUGCACUGAAUGAGUUCCGAUGUGCUGACAAGAAGCAAUGCAUCUCUGGACAUCUUUACUGUGAUGGGGAGGCCGACUGUGCAGACCAGAGCGAUGAAACUCCCCGCUGCAAUUGCCUCCCAAAGCUGCAAAUGCCUUGUGGCAAUGGGACCUGCCUGGCAAAGGAGAGCUUCUGUGAUGGAGUCAACGACUGUGGGGACUACUCAGAUGAGGCCAACUGCACUUGUUCAUCAAUCCAGUUCACGUGCAGGAGCAGCAGGCUAUGCGUGGACUCGAUGUUUGUUUGUGAUGGAGAAACGGACUGCAGUGAUGGAUCAGAUGAAAUUGGCUGUGAUAAAGAUUGUGCACUGAAUGAGUUCCGCUGUGCUGACAAGAAGCAAUGCAUCUCUGGACAUCUUUACUGUGAUGGGGAGGCCGACUGUGCAGACCAGAGCGAUGAAACUCCCAGCUGCCAUUGCCUCCCAGAGCUGCAACUGUCUUGUGGCAAUGGGACCUGCCUGGCCAAGGAGAGCUUCUGUGAUGGAGUCAACGACUGUGGGGAUUACUCAGAUGAGGCCAACUGCACUUGCUCUCCAAGUCAGUUCACAUGCAGAAGCAGCAGGCAAUGCCUUGACUCGAUGUUUGUUUUUGAUGGAGACACAGACUGCAGCGAUGGAUCGGAUGAAGAUGAAUUAGGAUGUUCAAUCAGUGAGUUCCGCUGUGCUAACAAGAAGCAGUGCAUACCUGGAUGGUUUUACUGCAAUGGAGAGGCCGACUGUGCAGACCAGAGCGAUGAGACUCCCAGCUGCCAGUGCCUCCCAGAGCUGCAACUUCCGUGUGGCAAUGGGACCUGCCUGGCAAAGGAGAGCUUCUGUGAUGGAGUCAACGACUGUGGAGACUACUCAGAUGAGGCCAACUGCACUUGUUCACCAAUUCAGUUCACGUGCAGGAGCAGCAGGCUGUGCGUGGACUCGAUGUUUGUUUGUGAUGGAGAAACGGACUGCAGUGAUGGAUCAGAUGAAAUUGGCUGCGAUAUUGAGUGUGCAGUGCCUAAGUUCCGCUGUGCUAACAAGAAGCAGUGCAUACCUGGAUGGUUUUACUGCAAUGGGGAGCCAGAUUGCAUGGACCAUAGCGAUGAGAAUCUGGACUGUCAAUGCCAACCAGACCAAAUCCGUUGUGGCAAUGGAACCUGCCUUGGAAUAGUGUUCGUGUGUGAUGGAGUCAACGAUUGUGGAGACUACUCAGAUGAGGACAACUGCACUUGUUCUUCAAGCCAAUUCACAUGCAAGAGCGGCAGGCUGUGCGUGGACUCGAUGUUUGUUUGUGAUGGAGAAACGGACUGCAGUGAUGGAUCAGAUGAAAUUGGCUGUGAUAAAGAGUGUGCAGUGCGUGAGUUCCGAUGUGCUAACAAGAAGCAGUGCAUACCUGAAUGGUUUUAUUGCAAUGGAGAGGCCGAUUGUGCAGACCAGAGCGAUGAGACUCCCAGCUGCCAUUGCCUCCCAGACCAACAGCUGCCUUGUGGCAAUGGGACCUGCCUGGCAAAGGAGAGCUUCUGUGAUGGAGUCAACGACUGUGGAGACUACUCAGAUGAGGCCAACUGCACUUGUUCACCAAUUCAGUUCACGUGCAGGAGCAGCAGGCUGUGCGUGGACUCGAUGUUUGUUUGUGAUGGAGAAACGGACUGCAGUGAUGGAUCAGAUGAAAUUGGCUGUGAUAAAGAGUGUGCAGUGCGUGAGUUCCGAUGUGCUAACAAGAAGCAGUGCAUACCUGAAUGGUUUUAUUGCAAUGGAGAGGCCGAUUGUGCAGACCAGAGCGAUGAGACUCCCAGCUGCCAUUGCCUCCCAGACCAACAGCUGCCUUGUGGCAAUGGGACCUGCCUGGCAAAGGAGAGCUUCUGUGAUGGAGUCAACGACUGUGGAGACUACUCAGAUGAGGCCAACUGCACAUGUUCACCAAUUCAGUUCACGUGCAGGAGCAGCAGGCUGUGCGUGGACUCGAUGUUUGUUUGUGAUGGAGAAACGGACUGCAGUGAUGGAUCAGAUGAAAUUGGCUGUGAUAAAGAGUGUGCAGUGCGUGAGUUCCGAUGUGCUAACAAGAAGCAGUGCAUACCUGAAUGGUUUUAUUGCAAUGGAGAGGCCGAUUGUGCAGACCAGAGCGAUGAGACUCCCAGCUGCCAUUGCCUCCCAGACCAACAGCUGCCUUGUGGCAAUGGGACCUGCCUGGCAAAGGAGAGCUUCUGUGAUGGAGUCAACGACUGUGGAGACUACUCAGAUGAGGCCAACUGCACUUGUUCACCAAUUCAGUUCACGUGCAGGAGCAGCAGGCUGUGCGUGGACUCGAUGUUUGUUUGUGAUGGAGAAACGGACUGCAGUGAUGGAUCAGAUGAAAUUGGCUGUGAUAAAGAGUGUGCAGUGCGUGAGUUCCGAUGUGCUAACAAGAAGCAGUGCAUACCUGAAUGGUUUUAUUGCAAUGGAGAGGCCGAUUGUGCAGACCAGAGCGAUGAGACUCCCAGCUGCCAUUGCCUCCCAGACCAACAGCUGCCUUGUGGCAAUGGGACCUGCCUGGCAAAGGAGAGCUUCUGUGAUGGAGUCAACGACUGUGGAGACUACUCAGAUGAGGCCAACUGCACAUGUUCACCAAUUCAGUUCACGUGCAGGAGCAGCAGGCUGUGCGUGGACUCGAUGUUUGUUUGUGAUGGAGAAACGGACUGCAGUGAUGGAUCAGAUGAAAUUGGCUGUGAUAAAGAGUGUGCAGUGCGUGAGUUCGGAUGUGCUAACAAGAAGCAGUGCAUACCUGAAUGGUUUUAUUGCAAUGGAGAGGCCGAUUGUGCAGACCAGAGCGAUGAGACUCCCAGCUGCCAUUGCCUCCCAGACCAACAGCUGCCUUGUGGCAAUGGGACCUGCCUGGCAAAGGAGAGCUUCUGUGAUGGAGUCAACGACUGUGGAGACUACUCAGAUGAGGCCAACUGCACUUGUUCACCAAUUCAGUUCACGUGCAGGAGCAGCAGGCUGUGCGUGGACUCGAUGUUUGUUUGUGAUGGAGCAACGGACUGCAGUGAUGGAUCUGAUGAAAUUGGCUGUGAUAAAGAGUGUGCAGUGAAUGAGUUCCGCUGUGCUAACAAGAAGCAAUGCAUCUCUGGGCGGUUUUACUGCAAUGGAGAGCCGGACUGCAUGGACAUGAGCGAUGAGACUCCGAACUGCUGGUGCCACACAGACCAACAGCUGUCUUGUGGAAAUGGGACCUGCCUUGCAAAGGAGAGCUUCUGUGAUGGAGUCAAUGACUGUGGGGACUACUCAGAUGAGGCCAACUGCACUUGUUCAUCAAUCCAGUUCACAUGCAGGAGCAGCAGGCUGUGCGUGGACUCGAUGUUUGUUUGUGAUGGAGAAACGGACUGCAGUGAUGGAUCAGAUGAAAUUAGCUGUGAUAAAGAGUGUGCAGUGCGUGAGUUCGGAUGUGCUAACAAGAAGCAGUGCAUACCUGGAUGGUUUUAUUGCAAUGGAGAGGCCGACUGUGCAGACCAGAGCGAUGAAACUCCAAACUGCCAAUGCCGCUCAGACCAAAUCCGUUGUGGCAAUGGUAACUGCCUUGGAAUAGUGUUUGUGUGUGAUGGAGUCAACGACUGUGGAGACUACUCAGAUGAGGACAACUGCACCUGUGUUGAUGGGGACUUUCAGUGCAAAAGCAGUGGAUGCGUUCCGCUUUCUCUUGUUUGUGAUGGCGAAGUGGACUGUGUAGAUGGCUCGGAUGAAGCUUUAUUUUUAUGCAGACCAGCAAAGUAUAAUUUUAGAGCAAUGUUGAAUUUUGAUCCAUCUCUGAACAUCAAUCAAUUGGAGAAUGAGAUACAAAUACACAUGAAGAAUGCACUACCAAAGCAGAAUGUGAAGAUACAUUAUAAGCAACUUCCCUAAACACUUUUUAAAAUUGAAACGCAGAGAAUUUCUCCACCAAAUAACCACAACUAGUUGUUUUAAAGCAAUUAUAACUAUAUACAAUACAAUACUGUAUGGAACACUUAAAAAAAAUGCAGUACUUUUGAGAGCAUCAAACACACCCCCAUGUACGCAAACGGCGUCCUUUUGGGGUCCUCUGGUCUAACACAAUUUGAGACGAGGUUCCAAAGAAAGCUGUCUCUGGUGUGGACCUAUCAGUUUCAAAGACAAUGCAUAUAUUAUCAGAGUAUGUUUUUUUUUCAUUCUGACCACAAGUAUUGUGGUUAAUGCAGACAUGAUUCCUUGUAAAAGGUUUCAGUUUGGUGUUUUAACAUCUUAACACCUGUUAUGUUGCCAGAAAAAAAGUGGAAAACCGAUUAUCAUAUUUUGGUACUGGCAAAGGAGGUCCUAUUAUGUAGUUUUAUGAUGUUCAGGUGGUUAUUGGAAAUAAAAUUCAAGACAACA